AUGGGAUUAGCCAUCGCUCAAUCUCGGGCUCAAUUACUCCGGAGGGAAAUACAAGUACUGCAUGAGUUCGAGAGUAUGGAUAGGUUUACUGGUGCAAGGUGUGCUAUACCUUUGGAAGAUGGCACACAUGAAAAGGCUCUUUGUGCUAUUUCUCGCCGGGUUGGAAAUGGGAACUUUGCUUACAGUGUCGAUAACACAGGCAUGCAGUCAUUCCUCCCGUUCAACACCUUGUCUAGCUGGGCCUGGCAUAAUGACAGUUUGCCAACCAAUGGAGAGAGAAUAAGCGACUAUCACGGUGUCCCAAUGGAAACACAUGGAAGAGAAGUGUACUAUGAUAUCCCGGACAGCAAGCUUCCUCAAACAUCUCAAUGGCUGAUAUCGAACCCCAACCGUAUUAAUCUUGGCCGCAUCGGUCUUCGAUACAAAGGCGCUACUCUGUCGACACCGCAAAUACUUGAUCCACGACAGGAGCUUGAUCUGUGGAAUGGGGUAAUAACUUCCACAUUUAGGGUUGACGGUAAGGAUGUGAAGGUGAAGACGCAUGGGGACUUUGAAUCUGACUCUGUCGUGUUCGACAUCGAGUCUGACCUGAUCCACUCCGGAGACUUGACGGUGGAAAUGGACUUCCCCUAUCCACCAAUACACACGACGAAGUAUAAGUACGAGGUGUUCGUGGGUGUAUACGACUUUCCCAUGAAUCACACAACUUCGAUCGUGGGAAACCCAGGCAGAAAUGGGGCACACAUCUACCAUCAACUACAAGAGACAGACUACUUUGUCAAUCUCAGGUGGCCAUCAAACAGUCCACUUCGCCUCUCCAAGCCACAGAAUGCCACCGCCAAUGAGGCACAUCGGUACAUCUUGAAUCCAGCCAAGCCCUCACAGACUAUUACCUUCACAGCCAAUUUCUCACCCGAAAAGCAAAACUCCGAUCUACCAUCUAGGGUAACCCGCCGCAAUGCCGUCGGCUGGAACACGUACUGGAAAAAAGGCGGGUUUGCCGACCUCACUUCAUCCGCUAACCCCAAGGCAAACGAGCUGCAGCGUCGUAUCAUCCUGUCCCAAUAUCAUGUUCGCGUCAACAGCGCAGCAAAGGGCCAGUCUCCCCAAGAAAGCGGCCUCAUGAACAAUGGAUGGUACGGAAAAUUCCAUAUGGAAAUGGUGGUGUGGCAUAACGCCCACUGGGCCACGUGGGGUAGACAGGAGCAUUUUGAUGGUAUCUUCCCUCAACUUUAUGAGACGCUGUUGCCUUCGUCCAUUGCGAGGGCGAAGUCAAUGGGAUGGGAAGGCGCAAGAUGGCCGAAGAUGACAGAAAUCGAAACUGGAGUGAGCUCGCCCGGUGGCGUCAACGGUCUUCUCAUGUGGCAGCAGCCUCACCCUAUGUAUCUCGCAGAGCUUGCGUAUCAAGCAUCUCCAACGCGGCAGACUCUGGAAAACUGGGAUCGUGUUCUGACCGCUAGUGCUGAUUACAUGGCAUCAUAUGCAUGGAAGAACGAGAGCUCGGGAUAUUUUGAUCUUGGUCCACCGGCAUACGGCGUGACGGAGAACACUCCGCCAACGGAGACUCUGAACCUAGCGUACGAGAUCGCAUACUGGAGGUACGGGCUCGACGUCGCUCGUAAAUGGAAGAAACGAUUAGGCCAGAGAGUUCCAGGAAAAUGGACAACCGUUGCAGAAGGCCUAGCGCCACCCCCGCAGGUCGACGGCCUCUAUGCCGUCUACGAAGGCUUGAACAGCUCUUGGUGGCAGGACCCAGAGCUCAAUGGGGAUCCCCGUAGUCUCAUCAUGCUGCAGGGUAUCUUACCGGACACACCUGCCGUCAAUAGCAGCGUUUCAUUGAAAACGGCUCAAAAGGUGUGGGAAGUGUGGACUGAUGACAAGAUUCGGGGAUGGGGAAGGCCGGUGCUAGCAAUUAAUGCCGCGCGAAUGGGGUAUCCUGAGCGGGCGAUUUAUCAUAUGACGGCCUAUGAUUACUGGAAGUUUGACGAUGCAGGUUACGCGGUCCGUGGAGGUGAUGGGGGGACACCCCCGCCUUUCAUGCCCGGAAAUGCAGGGUUUCUUUACGCAGUUGCCUACAUGGCGGCCGGGUGGAAUGGAAGUCCGAAUGUGCAUGCUCCGGGAUUUCCAAAGGACGGGACUUGGGAUGUCCAGUAUGAAGGUUUGCGAAAGGCACUAUAA